AUGUCUGCUGUCACUAGCAUAAAAAAAGCUCACGAGGAGAAUAAGAAAGUUGUCCUCGCUGGCUGUGUUCCCCAAGCCCAGCCUCGUCAGGAUUACCUCAAAGGACUGAGCAUCAUUGGGGUUCAGCAGAUAGAUCGUGUGGUAGAAGUUGUGGAGGAAACAAUAAAAGGUCACUCAGUGAGGCUCCUGGGCCAGAAGAAAGAAAGCGGGAAGCGGUUGGGUGGAGCGAGACUGGAUUUGCCAAAGAUCAGGAAGAAUCCGCUGAUAGAAAUCAUAUCCAUCAACACGGGGUGUCUCAAUGCUUGUACCUACUGCAAAACUAAACACGCCAGAGGAAACCUGGCCAGCUAUCCCAUUGAUGAACUUGUAGAGAGAGCCAAGCAGUCCUUUCAAGAGGGUGUUUGUGAGAUAUGGCUGACCAGCGAGGACACCGGGGCCUAUGGCAGAGACAUUGGCACAGAUCUCCCCACACUCCUGUGGAAGCUGGUGGAAGUGAUUCCUGAGGGAGCCAUGCUGAGGCUUGGCAUGACAAAUCCACCGUAUAUUUUAGAGCAUCUGGAGGAAAUGGCAAAAAUCCUCAACCACCCCAGAGUCUACGCUUUUCUCCACAUCCCGGUGCAGUCUGCCUCUGACAGUGUGCUCAUGGACAUGAAGAGAGAGUACUGCGUGGCCGACUUCAAAAGAGUUGUGGAUUUUCUCAAGGAGAAGGUUCCUGGAAUAACGAUUGCUACGGAUAUUAUCUGUGGUUUUCCUGGAGAAACCGAUCAGGAUUUUCAAGAAACCGUGAAACUUGUUGAAGAGUACAAAUUUCCAAGCCUCUUCAUCAACCAGUUCUAUCCAAGACCCGGAACCCCCGCUGCAAAAGCCAAACAAGUCCCAGCACACGUGAAAAAACAAAGAACAAAAGAUCUAUCUCGGGUGUUUCAUUCCUACAACCCAUAUGAUCACAAGGUAAGAGAAGCAUGUGAUUGGUAUGUUUGGGAUUAGAGUGUUCAAUGGCAAUUCCUCAAAACACGUAGGGGGCGUGCUUAGCUGUGAUUGCCCCCAUCCUAGAUCUU